CGUGUGCUACUAGUACCAGAAGGAGGAUUGUCGCCACCAUUGCCUAGAGCAAGUAGAGCUGCCGGAGAAGAUGACCACGGUCACCAUCAAGUAGAAGAUGGAAGCGACGAGACGUCUUUGCUGCAGGUUGAGAACGAAGACAAUGAUGAUGGCAAUGCUGGAGAAGACGACACCAGCGCUCGCAAUCAAGUUGAAGAAGACAAUGACGCUUCCUCAAUGGAAGACAAUGACGCUUCCUCAAUGGAAAUUGACGACGAAGGAGAUGCCGAGGACAAAGAAGAUGAUGGUGCUGAUAGUGCUGACAUUGCUGCUGUUGAUGUUGCUACCAAUCCGAAGCGAAAAGCCAAUGAGAUGACCCCCAAAAGCAUGGACCAACGAGCAACCAAAAGAUGCAGAGUGGCACCAGCACGACCAGCAGCAGCAGCAGCACGACGUCGACAAUCGCGAGCAGUUAAAAAAAAGAGUCCCCUCAAGUUUCCUCCCCCGACAGGAGACGGAGCAAGAGCCGCAGCAGUCGCAGCAUCGAACCCUGAUCCUUUUGGAGUUCAAGCAGCAGCAGCAGCAGCAACACUAGCAGCAGCAGCAGCAACAACACCAGCAGCAGCAGCAGCAACAACACCAGCAGCAACACCAGCAGCAACACCAGCAGCAACAUCACCACCCAAACCACCAGCCGCACCAGCGCCAACACCAACUGCAACUUCAACCGCAACGGCAACGGCAGCAACCAAAGCAGCGCCACCAGCAUCAACCGCCACGGCAACACAAACAGCAGCAGCACCAACCGCAACGGCACCAGCCGCAACAGCAACAGCAACACCAACACCAACUGCAGCAGCAGGUGGAGUUGGCGGAUCGAGAGGAUCUGGGUAUCUUUCAUCUCCAUCCUCCGCCGAGAAAAGCCAAGACAGCAAGGAAUGCGAUAUUAGCUUAGACAGCGUGCUGGGUACGAAAUUCAUUGCCGAAGACUCCCAAGAUUCAGACAACAAAGCAUUGUCUCCGCUCAUCAUAGACAAAGGGCAAAAUGUGCUCAAAGGAGACUUUGGUGGUGGUCUUUCGCCAAUUCUGCGGGUGUCAUCGCCUCCUGUUUCUACUCCGAAACCUCACACACCUCCCUUUGGUUCCGCAAGGGCUGACCAGCAAGAGUUGGCUCAGCGAAAGCGCAAGGCUUCAACAACAGCAUCCAAGAACACUCGAAAGAAUGAUGUUGACGAAUCCUUUGCGACAGAUGGGAAACGUACGAAGACAGAUGAUUUGCCUCCUCCAACAGUUGCAACAGUUGAGGGUACCAGGAAAGAAGGCGAUUCUUAUGAUUCUGAUUCGUUGAAUCUUUCUGAAUCGAUCACAUCAACCAAUAGCAAGUCCCAAGAAGACCAUGAGAUCGGUGGAGAUUCCAAGGAUGGACAACUUGACCACGGUGAGGAUAGCACUGGUGACGAUGACAGAAACUCGAACACAAGCAGCAAACCGGCGAAGAAGAAGAAGAGCGUUCGCUUCUCUAGUCCUUCAGAUGGUUCCCCUUGGCAAUCUGGUCGUCGAUCCUCAGCUAGCUCGGCAGGGCUAAGUAUGAGCUUCUUGGGGCCGAGCUCAUCCGAUCCCGAUGACUUGGCCUCGCCCAGUGGGGUGGAAGGAAUUCUGAACCAAUCCGUCCACAAGAAUACGAUGGAGGAACUGAUGCAAACGACGGCACGCAGGAAUCAGCAAGCGAAACAAAAAGUUUUGAUGCAGCAGUUGCGACAAUCCGCUCCAGUGAAAGAUAUCGACUAUGAUGCUUUGUCCAGCAACAAGUCGCCCUCAAAAGACGACGCAGAAAGCGGCAAGUCCGAGUCAGCCAUCAGCACUCCGGAAUUGAACGAUGAUGCUCGAAGUCCCAAAAGAAUGGCCUCGGAAGAGAAGCCCAACGACAGUACUCCGGAGAAGCCAGCAACUAUGCCAGAGGAUGAAUUACAAGACAAGGCAGCAGCCAAGGGCGAGAAUGAAUCUGCAGAAUUCGACGGGAAGAAGGCGGCAUCAGAUGAAGAGGAUGCAUCGGCUAAGGAUGCCAACCAUGAUGGCAAGACCUUGGAAGAAGAUGCAGCUGUCGUGACGGAGGAGGAUGCUACGGUGGAUAAUGCAAAAGAGGACAACGCUGGAGAUGAAGAUGCCCAUGAUGGCGGCGAUGGUCACCAGGAGGCAUCACGGGAGAAGCGAAGGGGCACCAAGCAAAGCUCGCCUCGAAACAAGACUUCGGAAAGCCAGACUUCGGAAAAGCCAGCCUUCGAGCAGGAGGAGAAAGGAACGUCCACUCCAAAGUGGCCAGAUCAUUCAUUUCCAGGUGGUGACAUUGACGGUAAGAUCGGUGGAGAUUCCAGUCCCACAGCUGCAUCGAAGAGCACUCGAAAUGAUGAUGCAGAUGGGAAACAUACGAAGACAGUCACUUUUGCUGAUGAUUUGACCAAGAAGAGCAAGUCCCAAGAAGACCAUGAGAUCGAUGGAGUAUCCAAGGAUGGAGCUGCUAGUAUGGAGGAUGACGCUUCCAAACAACUUGUCGAGGAACAGCAAAACAGUGACUCAGGUACCGCCGAGACGGAGUCAGCACCCAAAAAGAUGUCCGGUCCUCCGAGGAAGGAUGGGGAAGAAAAGGAAGAACAAGUAGAGGAUGGCACUUCGAAGCCACGUGAGGAAGACUCUUCGGAGCAUGAUAACGACGGCGAAAAAGAAGACGAUACAGAAAGUGGCAAGUCCGUGGAGGAACAAAACAACAAAUCAGCUACUGACGACGAUGAGGAUGACGCUCCGAAGCCACGUGAUGAAGACGCUUCAGAUCAUGAUGGCGACGACGAAGCAGCAAAACACGGCAAGAUCAGCGAAGAGUUGGAAGGUCUCGAGGUUGAAAUGCCUGCAGCCGAGUCCAGCGAGUCUAGUGAGGAGAAAGACGAUGCUGAGAUGCCAGCAGCCGAGUCCAGCGAGUCUAGUGAGGAGAAAGACGAUGCUGAGAUGCCUGCAGCCGAGUCCAGCGACAAGGAAGACAGUGUCAGCCAUGACACGUCUCGCAACUCUGACACAAUCAGUAAACUGGCCCGUGAGAAGGUGUUAACCACAUCCAAAGAUAUCGACCAUGAUGCAUUGUCCAAUAACAAUUCGCUCUCAAAAGAAAAGUCCACAGAGGAACGAACUGAGAUGGAGUCAGCUAGCACUCCCGAAUCGAAAGCAAGAAUGGCCUCGGACGACAGUGAGAAGGACUCGGAUACUUCAAGGAAGGAUGAGACUGAGUCAAAUGCUUCGAGGAAGGAUGAAAUGGAGUCAGAUGCUCUAAAGCCCCAAAAGAAUGUUCUUGGACGACAGCGAGAAGGACUCGGAUACUUCGAGGAAGGAUGA